UACCGAAAUCAUCUCCACGCUACAUUUUAAAGAUGGCUUCAAAAGAGCGUGGUGCGACCUGGGAUGACGCCGAGACUGCAGCUGUUAUUACAGUUUGGGCGGAGGACGCUAUCCAGGCGAUGUUGGAGGGUGCUAAGCACAAUCACAAAGUUUUCCAAAAGAUUUCGGACGAAAUGAAGGUGAGGGGAUACGACCGAGACCCAAAACGGUGUCGGGAGAAGAUUAAAAAAAACUCAGGAUACAGUACAAGAAGGUUAUUGAUCAUAACAACAAGUCAGGGAGAGGAAGAAAAUCGUGGAGAUUCUAUGAUGCCAUGGAUGAAGUGUUGGGCCACCGUGCAUCGUCGCGGCCUCCAGUGCUUUUAGAGAGCUCUACGCUGAAUACCGCAGCAACGAAGGACGAUGAUGCAACAUCUGACCACGAGGAGCAGCCUGAGAACCUGAGCAGCACACAGGAUGAGAUGGAUGAUGAACUGAAUGGGUCAAUAGCUAGUUUUAUUUCUGAGGAGCCAGGAGGAAGUCGUGUUGCUGAAUUUCCUGUUGAUGAGACUCCUGCUGCUGAGGCUCAUAAAGUUAAAACCAGGAGGAAGAGCAAAUUAGUAAAAGCCCUAGAUAGCACUAUAGAGGCUUUCGUAAAAGCUCAGAGACAUUCUGAUGAACGCUGGUUGGCAGCAUUUAAAGAGCAGCAGGAGUCGGUCCAACGCCACCAACAACAGCAGCAAGAACAGCACCUAAACCUUAUACGCGAAGUAGAAAUAAAUCGACUUCAAGCUGAAGAGAGAUUGAGAGAACAGGAACAUGAGAUGCGGCUGAUGCAGAUGAUGGUCCAGCGGCUGCCACAGCAACCAGCACAACUGCAGGCCCUGAACCCUCCAUCGCCUUCUACUUCUUUCCCAAACUUUUCAAACUAUGGACCAUAUCAGUAAUUGUGCAAUAUAUAAGUCAAGUUUUAGAAAUUUACAAUACAUAUCAUUCUGAAUACAAAAAUUGUUUCUGUUUUCUUAAGUUUUUCAAACUACACACCACACCAGUAAUUUCAAAAACAUGUCUGAACCUAUACUGUAAUAAACUAUGUACAAAACAUGGAAUACUUCAGUCAAGGUAAGGCUAAUUUUGAUUAGCAAAGUAACGACACAGAGCAUUUCUUAUAUCGUGGGCAUUGUCAAUAUCAGGAUAAUUUUCUCCAUCAACCACAUUGUUACUAGGUGGCUGAUUUGCCUCAUUGGCCCACUGAUCAAGGAAAUCCUCUCCUUGGGUCUCACAGAUAUUAUGUAGGGUACAGCAGGCAGCAAUGACAUUCAGAACAUUUGAUGUGUUGUUGUCGAUUCGCUUCAAAAGCCUUCUCCAUCUCCCUUUUAGCCGCCCAAAGGCGUUCUCUACCACCAUCCUGCUACGGCUAUGGAUGAAGUUAAUAUUUUUUUUGGGCUUCUGUUGUCCCUGCAUUUUCUGGAUAAGGCUUCAUCAGCCAGGGUAGGAGAGGGUAUGCUGGAUCGCCAAGUAUAACGGGAGGUACCAUCACACCAUCGAUUACUGUUUGAAGAUGGGGGAACACACCAUUUUCCCAAAGCUGGUAGAGCUGGGAGUUAACUAAAACACGGGCAUUAUGAGUGCUUCCUGGCCAUCCAACACAGAUAUCUA